GGGGCCGGUGGCCGCUGGCGGCAGCGCCUUUGUGGGGACAGAGCCCAGGCGGCACCGCCGCUCCCCCCGCGCCGGGACGGGGCUCCCGCCGCCCCCAUGAGCCGGCUGUAGGGCAGGACCGCCACCACCGCCCUCGGCCUGAGGGGUUUUUGGGGGAUUUUUGUUUGGGGGUUUAUUUACCCUCCUUUUUUUUUUUUCCUUUCUUACAGUCUAUUUUUCUACGCUUUGCUAAAAAAAAAAAAAAAAAAACAAGAAAAAAAAAACCACCAUGGUGCUGGGGAAGGUGAAGAGUUUGACAAUAAGCUUUGACUGUCUGAAUGACAGCAAUGUCCCCGUCUACUCCAGCGGGGACACCGUCUCAGGAAGGGUCAAUUUAGAAGUCACGGGGGAAAUUAGGGUGAAAUCUCUGAAAAUCCACGCCAGGGGACACGCGAAAGUGCGCUGGACCGAAUCGAGGAAUGCUGGAUCCAACACUGCCUACACACAGAACUACACCGAAGAAGUGGAGUAUUUCAACCAUAAGGACAUCCUGAUCGGUCACGAGAGAGAUGAUGACAAUUCAGAAGAAGGCCUUCACACCAUCCAUUCGGGAAGGCACGAAUAUGCAUUCAGCUUCGAGCUUCCACAGACACCACUUGCUACCUCAUUCGAAGGCAGACAUGGCAGUGUGCGCUAUUGGGUGAAAGCCGAAUUGCAUAGGCCUUGGUUUCUACCAGUAAAAUUAAAGAAGGAAUUUACAGUCUUUGAACAUAUAGAUAUCAACACUCCUUCAUUACUGUCACCCCAAGCAGGCACAAAAGAAAAGACUCUCUGUUGUUGGUUUUGUACCUCAGGCCCAAUAUCCUUAAGUGCCAAAAUUGAAAGGAAGGGCUACACCCCAGGUGAAUCAAUUCAGAUCUUUGCUGAGAUCGAGAACUGCUCUUCCCGUGUGGUGGUGCCAAAGGCAGCCAUUUACCAAACGCAGGCAUUUUAUGCCAAAGGGAAAAUGAAGGAAGUCAAACAGCUUGUUGCCAACCUGCGUGGGGAUUCCUUGUCAUCUGGCAAAACAGAAACCUGGAAUGGCAAACAGUUGAAAAUACCACCUGUUUCCCCUUCAAUCCUCGACUGUAGUAUAAUCCGUGUGGAGUAUUCACUGAUGGUAUAUGUUGAUAUUCCAGGCGCCAUGGAUUUAUUCCUCAAUUUACCACUGGUCAUUGGUACCAUUCCUCUACACCCAUUUGGUAGCAGAACAUCGAGUGUGAGCAGCCAGUGUAGCAUGAACAUGAAUUGGCUUGGUCUGACACUGCCUGAAAGACCAGAAGCACCUCCGAGCUAUGCAGAAGUGGUCACAGAGGAGCAACGACAGUCCAGCCUUGCACCCAUAGGUGCUUGUGAUGACUUCGAGAGAGCGCUUCCCGGACCAUUGUUCGCAUACAUCCAGGAGUUCCGAUUUCUGCCUCCACCCCUCUAUUCAGAAAUUGAUCCAAACCCGGAUCAGCCCACAGAUGACAGACCAUCUUGCCCCUCUCGUUGAAGGAAUCCAUAGAAAGCUGACUUGGCUUGGAUUCUGAAUCAUACCUGCCGUCUUGAAGGUCAAGGAGUAAUAGUGGAGAUAUGCUUUCAAGGGAAGUGGUUUUGCGCUUGCCUGUAUGGUGAAUAAAUGAAAACAACCUGUGAUUGUGCUUCGAAGCCUAUGGUAACAUUGUAGGACUGCUCCACAUGCUUGAAGACCUGAGCUUUUUUCUUCCCCCCCCUCCCUUAAAUACUGGCACAUACUAGGAGCAGCCUUACCAACCCUACAGUCAUGUGUGUCAAAACACUCAAACCACAUUGUAAGAGAGGGAUGGCUUCCUCUUAUGAUUUGGAAAUUUGCACAUGCGCAUUGCUUACGUUGUGCGGUUCAGUGUCACUACAGCUUUUUCUCAUUUUUGCCAGACUGUUGUUACCCCCUCUUACUUGUUUGUGGUCCGCACAAUAAGGAGCAAAAGAAAGCUUUGACAAAAAAAACCAACAGCAACAGACUUUGACAAAUGCACUGACUUUUCUUUUUUUUUUUAAUUUAAUGUAGCCUGGACUUUACCUGCAUAUGCACAUGCUCAGAAUUGUCCUAGUAGGCUGAUCAUGUAUCACCUCUCCAGCUUGGAUCCUAUUGUGGAUUUAUUUACAAACAUCAAAUGCCUUCAAGCCAAUCCUUCUUGCUGUAUGUUUUGCAGCCUACUGUAGUAGAUAAGCAACAGAUGUGGGGGUGGGGUGGGGGGUGGAGAGUUAGUAGAAAGAAACUUAUAGACUUCAUCAAGAUUGUAUACUUUCUUGAUUUCUUUUAAGAAUUUGUUGCCUUUCUACUAUUAUUGCAAAGCAGCAUUUUGUUACAGACUGCCUAAAAAUCACUUAAUCUCAGGUGAACUCAUCACUUGCCAAACUGUUGGAAUGCUAUUUGUUUUGUUAUGUUGCACUGUUGAGUUACUUCUUUUUUUGUUUUGUGUUUGUGUUUUGUUUUUAUUCUUUAUUUGAGAGGGAGGGCUGGAAUAGGGACAUACACAAAAGUUACAAAACCCACCCUCAUUCUCAUUUCACUUUCUACUUGUUAAAAAAAGGUGUUUGCCCAUGGCAGAGGGGUUGGAACUAGAUGAUCUUCAAGGUCCCUUCCAACUCUAACAUUUCUAUGAUUCUAUGUUCAAGUUGUGAAGCUUUAAAAAAAAAAAAAAGGCACAAAUGAAAGCAGCACCAGCAGACACCACCUCAGCCUCAAAAGUGUUUUAAAAGGAAAUAGUCCUACGCUGUCUAGGAGUCAUAGACAGAUCGAUAUCUCAAGUAGUAGGGAUGGGAAGGGAAAGUAAAUUUAUUUUUAUAUAGAGUUACCUAAUCCCAAAAAAUUCUAUAUCUAAUGAGUCUCUAGUAGAAAGUAUAUUUCAAACUGCAGGAAAAGCUUGGACUAUGCUAAGAGCUCAGUUUAUGCACUUUCUAUUAUCUUCAGGGUUUAUGAUACUGUAAAAUUAGUAAGACUAGAAGUAUAAUUAAACUGGGCAAGAUCCGUGUUACCAGCCAUACUCAGAUAGCGGCUAGAGUUGCUUUGAUGAUUGCAUCUUCUGUUGCACUCAAGAGCUUUAAAACAAACAGAACAUGUAUUUGUUCACUGUGUAUUUGUUCAGAAUGAGAGAAAUUACAUGGAAAGCGCACUCACCCUUGCGUGUGCCCCAAGGAAGAAAAAGAGUGCAGUGGAGCCAUUAGAUGUGCGAACACAAAUACCAACACUUACAUGCUGGAGAUCUGCAACAAAAGUCAACUUUCCUUUUCAGAAAUCGUGUAACACAGAGACUAUGGACAAAGGGACACGCUUCUGGUGUUGACGAGUUAAACAAAUCAAGAUGUAAUCCAUCAAGUAUCUAUCCUUGUGCAAUAAAACAGCUCAGAAGGGAGCAGGAGAGGGGAGGCUGGUGUUACUGUGUGGUGCGCGUUCUUAAAAACUCUGCCUUGUUUUUAAGGCUUCAUAAAUGCGACAAAAUAGGCUUUUCCAUAAGUGGCCUUUAUGAGAACAUGAAUGAUAAUUUCAUGUUUCAAAAAUGACAACAGGGUGAUAAAAUGAGUCGCGUUUUAAGUGAUUCAGUUAAAAGGCUUGGGCUUUGAGCUAGAGUAGUGGACGAGAAGGAAAUUGGGUGAUGUCUUACAUUAUUAGGCCAAUUUUGUGAAUGUCCCUUCCCUCUACCCUCUCCAACCAGACAAUUUUAAAAGCUGAUGGGAUCGUUGGCAUAAAAGGGCAUUUGGUGGUUUUACUUUUUUUUCCUUUUUUAUUACUUUUAACAGACUAGGGAACAAUUGCUGAUACACAUAGCAUUAAAGUGCUUAUCACAAUAUAAUGGAAAAUUGCAUAUGGAGCAGGAUUGACCAAUAUUGUAGUAAUGGACAUGGCAUCACAGCCUUUGUGAUUAGAGUGAAAAAUUCUGUAACCUUGUCAAAUAAAAGACUUUCAGUUUAAAUUACGUUGUUAAGUUGUUCAGAGGCAUUACUCUUCCACAAGUAUUGGUCAAUUCUCAGCGUUAUAAAACAUGAGGUUCACAGUUUUAGCCCAGUAUUUGAUAUAGAAUUUUGAUCUGAAUUAGGAAAAAGUAAGUAAAAUCCAAACAUUAGAGAAACAAAGUGCAAUAUUAAAUGUUUGCUUUAUAGAUUAUA